GUUGUUAAAUUUUAAAUUACUAUAUUAUACAACAUUUUGAUUAAAGCUCAUAAAUUCAAUUCAUACUUAAGUAUACUUAAGUUAAUUCUCAGUUGUGAAACCGGCGAUUAACUGAUCACUAAACCGCUUGCAAAUUCGUGUAGACAACAACAACACACUUCAGAACUGAUUUAGAUAAAAUGGCCGCGAACGCCGCAAUCAUCGCCAUACACAUCAUAUUCAUCAUAACCUUAACCCACCAAACAGAACGCAAAGAAGAGGGAUACCUACGAAAAGUAAAAGACGCCUGCUAUCUACACGGAGAAGCCUUAUCUUGCGUCAAAUACAAAGCUAUAAAACUGGCGAAAAACGCAAUUUUCCCCAAAGUGACCAACGAGACAAUACGAGCCAGCCAUAUGAUAAGUUUUGUUCCUUUAGAUGAAGAGACUAUACGGAAGUUUGAUGCUCAAGAUGUGAGUUUGAACGUAAGCGAAGGGAGAGGGCUGUUGUCAGAAUGGUCAGAAUUGACGAAAUAUAUCGUGAAAGUGGUCAAGGACUUCUUCAAGACUAAAGGCUUGAGGGUGGCACUACCAGACGGCGCGAGGGCUAUUGAAGACGAUGUUGAAGAAGAAGGAAGAGGGAAAAGGAAGAAGCUAGCGCUAGUCAUCCCAUUCCUGACUCUCAUGGCAGUAUUGAAGGCAAAACUUCUGCUGCUGCCGAUUUUAUUAGCAGUUCUUUUAAUCAAGAAACUGCUUUUGGCAGCUGCUUUACUGAUACCGAGUUUGCUUCACACACUUAAGGCUUGUAAGGUCCACCACGCGCCAAUGCACUCCUACUUCGGCAGCGCCGACACUUCAGACUUCAGCACCGGCUAUAGCAACAACUUCGUCUCCUCAUCAGGGUACCCCAAGGACUGGGCGUCCAACCGUGCCUACGCACUGUCUAAACCUAGAGUGACCCCACAGCCGGGAUACGUGACCGCCCCUGGCGGGAUGGCGUAGGGG